UGUUACGCUUUUAAGUGAAACCUGCUUGAGCUGCCGACCCGCCUGUCAUUUUCGGUACCUUCCGAAGUACUGAGGCAUAUAUUUUUUACCGUGUCGUUUUUAUGGGUGUUUGUUGCGGGUUUUUCGUGUUAGUGGGAUGACUGCAUACGUUGACAUGUUGGAUGCGUUAUUGCCAGACAUCUUUUCGGUUUGAUGGGAAAGGUGAAUCAUGUGAUUGUCAUGCUCUUUCAAUCGACAAACUAAUUGCUGUGGCAAUCUGUUCCAGGCGAAGUCCAAAAAGUUAACGAGGAAGACAAAUGUCGUUGAAAAGACGUCGUCCUUGGUUACAGCAUCAAAAUAACAUGACCUUGCGCAGUGUUUUGAGCAGGUCAUGUGAUUAACAUUUGACACCUAUCAACUAGUGCCAGUGAAGUACCACCGAUAUCAAAGGCCCGCUCGAUCUUCCACGAUACAUUUUUGCUCAACUUGAUUUGACUCCAUGGUGUUGACUUCCAUGAACACCGAUUUCCCUGAUCAAACCACAGCAAGGUGGCAGCGUUGCUGAAACUGCAUGGUGUAUAACGGUACAGCCCGUCUGGAACCCAGAGUGUGAAGGCUCAACUGAAACCCAAGGCGUGAAAGCUCAUCACGCACCCGACGUGUGGAAGAGGGCUUUAAUGGAGAGAAUGGCCGGCAACGACGAACUGCCAGGAGUAUUGGUGGUUAUUUUUAUUGCUGGAGGAGUGCUGGUAUUCUUGAUCGUGUUCAUCUUUGGGAAGAGGCAAAUCCAGAGAUUUGCUCUAAAAAACCAGAAAGGUCCUCAUGUAGCUGUUGGAAUCGAUGCCAGAAAGGCGCUGAAGCGCGAGAUCGAGCGCCGGCUGGACCGGACGGCGGAGAUCGUGACGGAGCCGCUGCUGGUCAGCCCCGGCGUGAACGCCGCCAGCCCCGGCUUCUACCGCAUGUGUGCGGCAGACGACGCCAGGCGACUGGAACUAGAGAUUCUAGAAUGCUCCGGUGAGCGGCGUUCGCCGACGGACUCGGUGCGCCGGUUUCUGAUGGCGCUUCGGAACAGCCUGCUGGGUCGGGCUGGCGCGCGCACCAUUCACGAGUUCUGCGACAUGUACGAGCUGGCGCGCUACGACCCAGCGCCGUUCCUACAGCCGCAGUACGCCCAGAUGUCGGCUCUGCACGCUCGGCUCAUGGAGAGCUUGCACGCACAAAGUAGUCAGAGCUCACAACGCUCAACGCCACGCGUGCGGACGAUCGGCGAGUCAGCCGAGGCGGCCGGCACCGGCCGGCGUCCGCACUCGCUGUCGGUGGCAGCCGGCGCGGGCUCCGAGACGCCCGUCUGA